UCGAAUCUUCAUCAGUAAGCACCGAACCCAGAUGCCGGUCUCCGGUAGUCAAGCAGUCAAAAAUGUGUCCCAAAUUCGGAAGCAAUCCGAUGCUGGUGGGGCUGCUCAUUCUGAUAGCCACUCAUUCAGCCAGGCCAUUGGAAUGCUUCCGGUGCGAGAGUACCAUCAGCUGGUCCGCCUGUUCCGAUCACGUGACCGUUGAGGAGUGUGAAUCCGAGCAUCCGUUCGAGGACCAUUACGAGUGUGUCAGUACCCAGAUGAACCUGACGCUGCCGAGCUUUGUGCUGCAUGUCUACGGGACCGGAUGUGGGUGGGGUGAUCAGGGCGCUAGCCGGAAGUUGCUGAAAAGUUUGAUUCCUCCAGGCAGCAGUGCCAAUGCGAGUCUGGAACAGUGGCAGCGCUGCGAGGAGGAUUUGUGCAACUCAGUGGCCGAGUAUACGAUGGCCGACGGAAGUCAGCUUCUGGGGCCUCCGGGAUCGACGUCGGACAAUGGAUCCUAUGCAGUGGUAGUGCAGCUGGUUGGAGGCUCUGGGCGACUGGAACCAGUGAUAUUUACGCUUGCGUUAAGUUUGUUGUUGAAAAAUUUAUUGUAAUUUUUUUCAAACCACAUCAGUAGUAACAAACAAAAUAAAUCCUUCACUUGUUCAUUUAUUGCAAAAAAAAAUAAACCAAUGUAACCGACCGAUUUCCUCAAUUUGUGCGAACAAAAAACAAAUAAAACCU